GAGACAGAGAGAGAGAGAGACAGAGAGAGAGAGACAGGGAGAGAGAGAGAGAGAGAGAGAGAGACAGAGAGAGAGAGAGAGAGAGAGAGAGAGAGAGAGAGAGAGAGAGCGAGCUUCAGGAGCUCAGUCUGCUGUUCUCACUCUGACACUCGGCUGCUUUCAACCCCUCUGAUCGAACCCAAAAGCUCAGGUCGGAUUUUAAAUCGUGGAUUUUGGAUUCUGGCCUUUUCGUGGGAUUUAACGCUCCCGUGAUUUUAACACUUUCCUGUCAGAACUUGUGGAUUUUCAGUUUUUAUUCUUCUUCAGUCGGAACCACCUGGAGUCCUUCAGCGGGUCUCAGUCUGAGGUGGAGGCUAUUUGGGGGUUUUGAUCCUUUGCUGGUGCAGUUUUUGUCUGGAUGCCCCAGGACUACCCGCAGGCUGCAGUUCCUCCCCCGGCCUGCAGGGCGGCAGCAGAGAGCGGUGGCCGGCCGCUGGACCGGCGAGGCGUCGGCAUGAGCGACUUCUGGCACAAGAUGGGCUGCUGCGUGGUGGCAAAACCGCCGCCGAAGAAGAAGAGGAGGAAGAUUGAUCGCAGUAUGAUCGGAGAGCCGACGAACUUCAUUCACCUCACACACAUCGGCUCUGGAGAGAUGGCAGAGGGACUGCAGCCGUCGGGGUCGGUUCAGGAACAGAUGAGGUCUAAAGGCCCGAACAUUAACGGCAGGAACAGCCUGUUAUAGCCGCAUUGAAUGAAACCGCUGUCGACCUUCUCUUUCCUCCCUGAUGAACGAGCAUCUGACCUCCGCCCUGAGCCUUCGACCUCCGCCCUGAGCCUUCGACCUUCGACCUCCGCCCUGAGCCUUCGACUCCCCGUCUGCCCUGCUGAAGUGUCCUUGAGCAAAGCACUGCACCUUCAGCCAGCUCCAGGGGAACAAACACAUCUCCUCUCUGAGGGUUUCCUGCUUUGUCGUCUUCUUUUGCGUCAUUUCAGAAAUAUUUCGAGAACUUCCUGUUCGCCAGACGGAGAAUCCUGCUGAGCUGAAGGAGGUUUUGUUUUCGUCCUUUCUUCGACGUCUCAGGUCCAAUUAUUCACCAGCACCAAAAAAAACACCCAAUGGCAGGGACUACAUCUCCCAGCAUGCCUUGAAACGUCCACGUUGUUCCAGCUCAAACUCAUCCAGGAAACAUUUUUAUUGUCGAAGACGAAAACAAAUGUUGUUCUUGUCUUCACCACUGGAGGGCAGACAUGACGGCAUUUCCCCCGUCAGUAUUAAUUGGACUUCAUUUCCCACAAUCCCGUUCUAUUCAGGACGAUGAAUGACAGAAAGUCUGUGUUUUAUAGAGAAAAACUGAAAAAAAAAAGGUUUGAAAUUAUCGUUACAGUUUUUUUUUUUUUAAAGACUACAUUUCCCAGCAUUCACAGGGACAUUCAGACCACAGCCCUCCAGUUAAACCUUGUGCUGCUCUGGAGUGUUUCCUCAGUGGACUUCAUUUCCCAGGAUGCUUCAGCUGUGCUAAAGGACCUCCCCCCCCUCUGUGGCCUCAGUGAUGACAUCAUUGGACUUUAACUCCCAGGAUGCUUCACUCUGCCCAGCCUCACUGCUGGUGCUGAAUGAUGAAAGACUCUUGUUUAAGGAGGCGGGAAAGUCCCGCUAAUGUGUGUGUGUGUGUGUGUGUGUGUGUGUGUGUGUGUGUGUGUGUGUGUGUGUGUGAGUUUGUGUGUGUGUGUGUGUGUGUGUGUGUGUGUGUGUGUGUGUGUGUGUGUGAGUUUGUGUGUGUGUGUGUGUGUGUGUGUGUGUUGUGUGUGUGUGUGUGUGUGUGUGUGUGUGUGUGUGUGUGUGUGUGUGUGAGAGUGAGUUUGUGUGUGUGUGUGUGUGUGUGUGUGUGUGUGUGUGUGUGUGUGUGUGAUGUCAUGUGUUGUUAAUUUUCCACCAGUUUAAAUAUAAAACGUUGCUUCACUGAACUCUGGACGCACAGUUCAAAACCUCCAUUAGAAAAUUGUCCGUUUUUGAAACAUGCAGCGUCUUUCUGUUCAUUUGACUACUCAAGCUUUGGGUCGGGGCCCUAAACGGGUCUCUUUGGAGUCCACGUUGAGACAUUUUGUUUAAAACAUUUCAUGCUGCCGUCUGGUGGGAAGACCCACUGCUUUACAUCUGAACCUUUUUAUUAACAUCUUCUUUGAUCAAACAUUCGAUCAGCUGAAUCAGGGAAGCAGAGCGCUGAUGUUGAGGGAAAGAAUAAAAUCCUUUGUUUAGUUUCUUUAAAAACAACAACUUUUAUUAAAUAUGUGAUGGUUCAGAUUCCCCCAAAAAGUUUAAUUCCUGCACUUUAUAAAAACACAGAACCAAACUCCAUACAAAUAUCUGUGUAUUUAAACAAGCACAAGAGUUCAUUAUAAUAGAAUAAUAUUUAACUGUCCUAUAACAGAUCUCCCUUUAUUAUGGUCUAAAUAUUUCAGAGCCUUCUCUUCACUGGGAGGUUUGUGAUUCUGGCGAAGAAUAUAUUUAAUUUAUUUAGUUUGAUUUUAAAACAUGUAAUUAUGGAACUGAAGCUCCGGUUCACGUCUGCACCAGACUCCAUUAAAAAAACUAUCAAUUUAACAUGUGAACAUUUGAUUGUAAAAAAGACUCAUCAGAGUUUGGUCAUUUAUGUCUCUGGCUUCAUAAAACUAACAGCAGAACAACAACAAGUAUUGAUAUAAGUCUGAUUAUUGAUCGAUUGAUUGAUUGAUCGAUUGGUUUUCAGCUCAUUCUUCUGCUGUAACUGUAACAAUCUCCUCUCCACGUUAAAUUAUGAUUACAAAUGAAACAUUCAAACAGAAACAUGUGAUGACAUCUGCGAACACUCAGCUGUUGUCUACACCACCGCUGAGUGGUUGCCGUGGAAACCACUGAGUCACAGUGUUCCCCCUCGCCGUGGCGACCGGCCACUUCCUCCCUGCGGCCGAGACUGAAGAGGCCAAAACGUCUAUUUAAGGAAAAUCUGAGCUGUCUCAGUUUCUUCAGAACAGCCUGAUGCGUUCACUGCACUCCUCAGAGCGUGGGAGUUUUUAACCCUGCAGGGUUCACGUGGGACUUUUUAAAACCACAAUCUGACGUCAUGUGACUUUCAUUCGAUCAGCUGAUAACAAAAUCAACAAAAAAAACCAGCCUCUAAGUGGAGCCAGAAACAGGAAUCACGAGACGGAGCGAACACACCUACUGUUCUUCUUCUGCUGCUGUAUUUCUGACAGAGCAGCUGCAGUUACUGUUAGUAACCACAGGCGGCGCCACCACGACUGAAAUCUGAACAUUCAACUUUUAGACGCUGUGUUAUUAAAAGUUACGGAAGCUCAUUGCUGCCACGCCCGAAAAAUAAAAACAGAUCAGGACGACAUUAUAACGUUAUUGCGACAUACAAACUCAUCACGUUAUGACUUAGAUAUGCUAAAUGCUAGGCUAGUCUGUGGCGAAGGUAUAUAUACAUAUAUAAGAUGCUAGCUAACUGGCUAGCUAUUAUAUCUGUCUCUUUUAUCUUUGAACCGUCCUCAAACUGGGGUUGUCUUCUUCUCAGCAUAGAUUAGCUUAGAGGAGGAAGUUGACUGAGGUUUGUUCAACUGUUUACAGACGAUAGUGAGAUAUUCACAGGAGGAAACUGUGUGGGUCUGUGAGGGUCUGUGAGGGUCUGUGAGGGUCUGUGAGGGUCUGUGAGGGUCUGUGAGGGUCUGUGAGGGUCUGUGAGGGUCUGUGAGGGUCUGUGUGGGUCUGUGUGGGUCUGUGAGGGUCUGUGUGGGUCUGUGAGGGUCUGUGAGGGUCUGUGAGGGUCUGUGAGGGUCUGUGAGGGUCUGUGAUGGUCUGUGAGGGUCUGUGAGGGUCUGUGUGGGUCUGUGAGGGUCUGUGUGGGUCUGUGUGGGUCUGUGAGGGUCUGUGAGGGUCUGUGUGGGUCUGUGUGGGUCUGUGAUGGUCUGUGAGGGUCUGUGUGGGUCUGUGAUGGUCUGUGAGGGUCUGUGUGGGUCUGUGAGGGUCUGUGUGGGUCUGUGAUGAGCUCUCGUGGGAUCUGACUAUUACAUGGAACAGGUUCAGGUUCAGGUGUUGGUCUGACUCUCAGACCGGUUUCUCAGGAUCGCUCUGGUUCCUUUUGUUUAUCGCCACCAUAGUUCCUCUCUUCCUCUUCCUCUUCCUCUUCCUCUUCGGAUUCCCCUCCGCCGACACUGGAGAGCACUUUCCCUCACAGCGAGCGGUUCUCAGCUCGCUGAUCAAAGCCUUCUUAUUAUCCAAUGAUUUUUAUGCUUUUGUUGUUGUUGUUGUUUAUCAAAGAUGUUGAUUUGUUGAUUUGUUUGUAUUAUUGUACAACCUCUUCCUGAACAUACUCAGUAUUGUAUGAAUGCUUUUAUUAAGAGUAUUGAUCAUCAGACAUUUCAGUCACACUCAUUUUACAGCUGUAAUAACACUGACUGAAGUGAACGCUUUAAUAUCAGUUUGGGGACAUAUUGAUUGAUCGAUUGAUUGAUUGAUUGAUUGAUUGAUCAGUUGAUUGAUUGAUUGAUUGAUCAGUUGAUUGAUUGAUUGAUUGAUUGAUUGAUUGAUUGAUUGAUCAGUUGAUUGAUUGAUUGACAGCUGUGGCGGUUAGUUUGAAAACUGAUGUAAAGUGGAUAAAUGAGAAACUUCCUGCUGUUUCAAUGACAAUCUGCCGACAGGUGAGAUUUGAGAAACACGUCCAGCUUUACUUUGACGAUGGCUAAUGCUAAUGCUAAUGCUACAGAGGAGGCAGAAUUUUACAGUCCAGAAGAUCAUAUUUGAACUUAUGUGCACAGAAGUUAUAUAGCAUACUGUAACAGUUCAGUAAGUCAUAUUAGACGUGUCUCUUACUAUCACAAAGUGUUAACUUGUGCUGAUGAUGGAUCCAAGAACAACAGAAGAACUUGUGUUGGGAGAAUUAUUUGAGAUAAUUUGAGUAAAAUAGAUAAAAAUAUGUAAACGAGACUGAAAGCAAACAUGAGAUUAUAAAUUCUGGGAACAAGAAACAAUAACUUGUUAACUGAUUCAGAGCAGAUGAGAAUGUGAAUGUAAUCAAUAAAGUAAUGGAUCAAUAAGUCAAAUAUAAUCUUUCAGGACUGAAACGAUGAAAUUCUGGUGAAAACGUCACAAUCCUGAAAAUGUCCCUCCUCACUCGCUGUCAACAGAAUAAAUGAAUUUAUUUCAGAGAGA